AUGAGCGGGAUGAUCCGACUAGCGCGUCGCGAGCUUUGCCAAACGCAAAAAUUACUGGCAACGCGUGAGCCGAUCGAUUUCGUCGCGCGUCCAGCCAAGCGCGUGCCCAGACAGCAUAAAACGCCCAUUACGGCCGAGGAAUACACCGGCCGCGAGCCCGGAAUGAUCAACCACAAAGGAAAGGGUCACACGGACAUCAAAUCGGCGAAAAAGUGUCCCUGGUGCAAAGAAUCAACUGUAAGUGGUCGACCAGCGAUUGUCUGCUCUGUCUACCCGACACACAAUUGGAUUUAUAACGCGGAUAAAUACCCAUUCGGCCAAAGUCACUGGAACAAGGAGUCAAAGCUCGACAAGGAAGAUAAAAAUAGACAUCAAGAUGAAAAAUGGCGAGUUAUCGACACACGAAGAAUUCCAGCAGAUCCCUUUACUCGGCUUGAUAGAUAUUUCGACAGAAAAAUGCAUCUUGGAGCGACGGAUCCUUGGAGAAUGACAACACCUGUUUCUCAUAAAGUUGCUGGCUGGGCAGCUAAAUAUGGAACUAAACCUUGCUGA